AUGUCGCGACUUGCAGCCGAAUUUGCAAUGAAGGAUCUAGGGCCUCUAAGUCAUUUUUUGGGUAUUCACGUGCAAAGGCAAGGUAACAAGGUGUUUCUUUCUCAACAGGUAUACACGAAAGAAAUCAUUGACAGGGCUGGCAUGUCUUCGUGCAAACCCGCUGCCACUCUAGUUGAUACCAAACCCAAGCUUGGGUCGAACUCGGGUGACGAUUAUGACGACCCGACAUUGUAUCGCAGCCUUGCGGGAGCUCUUCAAUAUUUAACAUUCACGAGACCCGAUAUUUGCUACGCCGUUCAACAGGUGUGUAUGUUCAUGCACGCACCCAAAGUGGAUCAUUGGAAUGCACUUCAACGAAUCAUUCGCUAUCUACAAGGUACCUCCUCUCAUGGUUUGACUAUCGGUGCUUCACCGGGCUUCUCAUUACGAGCAUACACUGACACCGAUUGGGCGGGGUGUCCGGAUACGCGGCGAUCUGCCUCAGGUUAUUGUGUCUAUUUAGGCCCCAACAUUAUCUCAUGGUCGUCCAAACAUCAAUCGGUUAUCUCUAGGUCUAGUGCUGAGGCAGAAUAUCGGGGCGUCGCUAAUGUGGUUGCGGAAAUUUGUUGGCUUCGAAACCUUUUGUUGGAAUUACAUAAGCCUCUAACCACCGCUAGUCUUGUGUACUGCGAUAAUAUUAGUGUUAUUUAUUUAUCCGGGAACCCAGUUCAGCAUCAAUGUACCAAGCACAUAGAGCCGGACAUUCAUUUUGUUCGUGACCUGGUUCAAAGAGGUUCUGUUCGGAUUCUACACAUCCCUAUGCGUUUUCAAGUUGCUGACAUAUUCACGAAAGGCUUACCCAAGGUGUUAUUUGACGAUUUCCGGACCAGUCUCAGCAUUCGGCCUCCUCUAGCUUUGACUGCGGGGGUGUAA